CCACAAACCCCAGACCCAAGACCCAAGCCCGUGCCCAAGCCCACGGCAAAUAAGAGCGACCAGACAUUCUUGACGGGACCGUCCCUUGACCGCUUCGCGCCACGCGGCAGCAUCCCGCCGUAUCACAGCAUACUAUAGCGCAGCCAUGGCCCCGAUCGCGAUCGAGACGCCGGCAGAGGCGGCGGCGCAGGUGCCGGACCCCGCCGAGAAAGUGCUGAUCAAACCGUGGACGCGGCCGCCGCUGACGGCGGAGACGCUCGACUACGCCGAGCUGCCCAAGAUCGACCUGUCGCGGUUCGACGAGCCGGGCGGGAAGCAGGAGCUUGCGAAGCAGCUGUACGACGCCGUGACGCGCGUGGGCUUCUGGUCCGUCGUCAACACCGGCAUCGACGACGAGCGCGUCCUGCGCCAGUUCAGCAUCGGCAACGCCUUCUUCAAGGAGCCCCUCGAGGAGAAGCGCCGUUUUCCCUGUAACUUCGCCGACGGCGAGUACUUUGGCUACCGCGAGAACUCCCGCUGGGUCGGCGACACUGGCAUCAAGGAGAACAUCGAGAUGUUGAACAUCCCGAAGGCUAUCCCGGCGUACGAGAGCGUCGGGCGGCACCGGAUCGUGGAACAGAAUCGGGCGGAAAUCGACGCGUUUCACCGGGAGCUGUGGGACAAGGUGAUACGGAAGCUGUUUGUGCUCAUCGCCAUCAUCCUCGAGCUGCCCGAGAACUACCUCGUCGACGCGCACGCCUACGGCGAGGAAUCGGACGACCACCUGCGCUACAUGAUCUACAACGUCCGCACCCAGGACGAGUGGGACCGCACCCAGGCCUACAGCAAGGGCGGCCACACCGACUUCGGCAGCCUCACCCUCCUCUUCUCCCAGCACAUCGCCGGUCUCCAGAUCCGCACCCCCGAGGGCGACUGGAAGUACGUCAGCCCUGUCGACGGUGGUAUCACCUGUAACGCGGCGGACACCCUGACGUUCCUCACCAAUGGCUUCAUCAAGUCGACGGUCCACCGGGUGGUGACGCCGCCGCGGGACCAGAUGGCGACGGCGCGGCUGGGGCUGCUCUACUUCAGCCGGCCGGGGGCGCGGACGGCGAUGCGCACGGUGCCGUCGCCGCUGCUGGAGCGGCUCGGGCUCGUGCGCCCCGAGGACCGCGACCCGGACGCGCCCGUCGUCUUCGGCACCGACUACGUCCGCGCCCGCGUCCGCGACGUCCACCACAAGGCCGUGCUCGACCGCCGCGAGGGCACCUCCUUCGAGUUCAAGGGCCUCAAGGUCCAGAACUACUACGCGUAAACACGGACAGACAGACGGGCGGACGGACGGACGGGUGUAAGCGUGCUCGCGCGCGCGCGUUGCAAGGAACGAGAGAGCGCGCGAGCGAGAUAGCCAGCCGGCCACCUAGAUAAUUGGGCAUCUAGGCACACGCAAAUUUACGUCUUUACUGCUGUAGAUGCGUGCGAGUAGAGCCGAGCCGAAAUAUAGGUACUGUUUCUUGCACCGACCUGCCUCUGGGCACGCCCGGCUACUGCGCGCGUUA